AUGCGACCCAACCGCCACCAUCCAGGACGGCGGCGCGGGCACACGGGCGCAAGCAGGCCACCGCGCGGUGACGAGCGGAGAGAGGAAAGAGCACGGAGAGGGCAGGGGAAACCCGUGGGGCCGGGGGGAAGGGCACCGCACCGCACCCAAGCGCGGGGGCACCGCAUCACCGACAACCCCGCCUGCCGGCCCGGCGGGCACGGGAGUCGGCGGCGCGCACACGACGGACGGGGAGGAGCGCCAGGGCCCCUUUCUCCGCCCGGAGGCGGCGCGCCGACCGUCCACGGUCCAGCCGGCCAGCCGGCCGGGUCGCGUGUGGCGCACACCCGAGUGGCCGGAAAGCCAGGGGCGACGCACACGACGCAACGCACGCCACACGGCCAUGGGGGGGUCUUUUCUCCAACCUCCCCUCAGAAGCCGGCCCGAAUUCACUCGCUCGCACGGACGCGGGGGCCGAGCGCACAGCGACCCCGCGCCGCCGCGGACCGGCGGUGCCGGCAGGGGGUCGGGGGUCCGCGGCGACGACCCGUCGGCGACAAGUCACCGGCCAACGGCGGCGGCCGGAGGCGGCGGCAGGGACCCCGGGAGGCGGGCGACACCAAACCCAACGCACGCGAGCUACCGCUCACCACGCGGACUACCGCCGGCACAGAGCGGACAGGGCCAGGCACGGGAACCGGGGUCCGCGCCGGGCACGCGGCGGCGACACGCCGAGAGAGCACAACACCCCGGAUCCGGGACAGGGGCGGGGACGAAGCCACACGGCCUCGAGACGGAGGGAGACGAUGCGAUGCCCCCUCGGACGGCCAACUCCCGAGCGAGGGACGCACGCGGGAAUUCUCACCACCAUCGCCCCCGUGGCGUACCGGCGGUCCCGCUGGCAGGAACCCUCGUCGUGAGCAAAACCGAUCCGGGAAGACCCUUCAAAAGCCACCGCCGCCGCGACGACGUGCCUCCCCCACACCGGGGGAGCAGCCUCACGAGCUGAGCGCCGUCCCCCCCCCCCACGAGAACACCAACACAACGCCCGACUCGACCGUCCGCCGGUGGCCGGCCACCAGGCCAAACCAGCGAGGAUCGCGGAAGGCUGAUGCGGGUGAGGAGGGCACGCCGGAAGCACAAGAGCAGCAGCGGGAGGGUCACCGGGUCGGGUCACCGGGGCGAGAGGCGAGUAAACGAACGCGGGAUCUCACCACCCCCAACUCCGGGGCGGUCCCGCGCAACGCCUGGGACACCGAGCCGGCCGACCAGCGGACCGGAAACCCCCACCGCGGCAGCGGCGGGCCCCCCAAAAGAGGCCCGAGAGGGAAAAGGCAGCUCUCGCACACACCUCAAAGACCCCGUGAACGCCCGCGGAGCCGCCCGCGCCAGCAGGGCCCCACCGCCUCCAUCCACACCACACCGCCGGGCACAGCACCCAUCAUCGACCGCCUCUUUUUCGGCCGCGUGAGCAAGGGCCCACACACACCGGGAUCCUCGGCUCCGGGGGGCCAGAACCCCCCCGAGCGGCGCACCACCACGGGCACGGCGGCCCCGGAACACCGCGGGGCCCAGCGCCCGCACGGCGCCGUCGUCGCCAACAGGCGGCGGCCCACACAGACGCUCGGGAACAGCGUCGCCAGGGGCCGGAGGGGGAGGGGGACGGGACCCCCAAAAACCCCACGGCAACCCAAGCACGAGGCCGGGAAGCCACACACCACACGCCCUCGCAUCGCGACCCGGCACGGGCUCCAGGCUCCACCACUCGACACACCGCACGCGAGGCAGGGGCGGGGACGGAUCGGGAACGUCCUCCACUCACCACACCAGACGACGGCCCGGGAGAGCAGAGACGUCAAUCUCAACGGUAACUUCUCACUCGCACAAAAGCCCCACGAACCCGAGGACGGCCGGGACACACCACGGGCAGCAGGCUGGCACAAGGCAGCGGACAACGCCAGGAUCGGGAACGACACCACCACUCAGCCUCAGGCACCUGAGAGAACCAACCGGGAGCGUUCCGGGAGCACCGCAAGAGGGCAGAGCGCGAGGCGCGGUUUUUCACACUACACAGCACGGGCAAGCACGGAGCACCGACCCUCCCUCUCCGCGGAGAGAGCCGACCCCCGUGCCGAUAACAAGUCACGGGAAGAGAGGAGCAAGAUCAGGGCGCCCCCCUCCUCCAGCGUGUACAAGUCCCCGACCUCACGGCGAGGGCAGGGAGAGCGCAGCCGGGCCCGGUUGCCGCACCCCCGCCUCCCCGCACACCACCGGCGCCGGCACGGUGGGACGGGUGAGGGCAGGGGCCCACGGGCAGAACGAGAAGAGCGGUCCCAUUCGCCAUGA